AUGAAGACCUUCAUUCCGGCCUCUGUGGCCAUCCUCGCGGCCUGCCUUGAGCCCGCCAGCGCCAUCUCCGAGCCGCUACAAAACAUCCUCGUAAACACAGACCGAAGCCCGCUUUAUAGAUAUCCAACCGAUGUGACUCGCGGUAUCAUUCCUAUCCCGGUUCACUCUCACAACGAUUACUGGAGAGAUGUUCCUUUCUACACUGCGCUGUCUGCUGGAUGCAUCUCCAUUGAAGCCGAUGUCUUCCUCUUCAACGACACUCUCUUCGUUGGACAUGAGGAAUCUGCCUUGACCAAGCAGCGAACCCUCCAGUCUCUCUACAUCGAGCCUCUCAUGGGCGUCCUUAAGAAGACCAACCCCAAGAGUCCAUUUGUAAAUGGACCUACAAGACACGGUGUUUUUGAUGCCUCCUCAGGACAAACACUCUAUCUCUGGAUUGACGUGAAGAAUGAUGGCGAGAAGGCCUGGCCUCACAUCGUCAAGGCUCUUCAGCCACUCCGAGAUGCCAACUACCUGACCAAGGUCCAGAACAAUCAGACGUUUGUUCCGGGACCAGUCACUGUUAUUGGAACCGGCGGUACUCCCCUUGACCAGGUCGUUUCAGCCGCAAACCGUGACUACUUCUACGAUGGACCACUCAAGGACUUGACUGGUUUCACUUCUCUGAUCUCCCCUAUUGCUUCCACCAGUCUCAUGGAGGUCGUUGGAGAUAUUACCAGUGACAGUGAAAAUCCACUAAACGCUACUCAGCUUGAGGCUGUUCGCAAGCAGAUCAAAACCGCAAAGGAAAAGGGUAUUGGUGUUCGUUACUGGGAGACUCCUGGAUGGCCUAUUCGUUUGAGAAAUGAAUUAUGGAGGACUCUUUGGAAGGAAGGCGUCGCCUUGUUAAACGCCGACGAUGUGAACGCUGCUAAGGAGUAUUUCUAA